ACCGGAAGUAAAAAAUAGGACAAACGUCAUAUCCUGCAGAUGACCCCCUUUGUGAGACAAAUAGAGAUGACACACAAAGAAUAAUUUUGUUAUUUUGCACGCUGGUUGGAGAACUUUUGUCAAAAAAAGUCAACAGAUUUAAAGAUUUUUUUCUCAGAAUCAAGAUCUUAGAAGGAAGAAAUAGUUAUAAACAAGUAUAAUCAUGUCAGAUGACAUGAAAAGUCAAGACUCUGAUCAUGAUUCGGACUAUGACCAUGAUUCGGACCAUAUGGAUGAUGAUGAUGAUUAUUGUGGUUACUAUGACAACGACACAGAUGACCUUGACAUAGAUAAACCAAAAAAGAGUGAUGAUCCAGAAUAUUUUGAGUACGAGUUGUUACAGUUAGAGGACGUUGAGAGAUUCCUAAAUGAAGAGGUUGAAGUAGUGUGUAGUUCACAAAAGCUCAAACCGUCACUGGCUAAGAUGCUAUUACAUGCUCACAAUUGGAGGAAAGAAUAUGUCAUUGAAUGCCAUUCCAAAAAUCCUACAAAGUUGUUGAUAGAGUCUAAUGUAAUUCCAAAAGUUAAACAUCAGCAACCGAUUGUUGGUUCUACAACUGUGUGCACUGUCUGUUUAAUGCAGAUAUCUCGGGAUGAGAUGCACGAUCUUUCAUGUGGUCACAUGUUCUGUGGCGAAUGCUGGGAUCAUUAUUGUCAGGUUCAGAUUCAGCAAGGAGUUACCCUCGGUAUAUCAUGCAUGGCUAAAGACUGUGAAGUGAUGGUACCAGAGGAUUUUCUCUACAGUGUUUUAAGUAAACCUGAUCUCAGAGAUCGCUAUUCCCAGUUCUCUUUCCUGGAAUAUGUAAAAAGCCAUCCUGCUCUACGAUUUUGUCCCGGUCCAAAUUGUCCAAUCAUUGUGAAGUCUAAGGAAAUAAAGGCCAAAAAGAUAUCUUGUGACACUUGCAAGUCUUGCUUUUGUUUCAAAUGUGGUAUUGAGUAUCAUGCUCCAACUGACUGCGAUGUGAUCAAAAAAUGGUUGACAAAAUGCGCAGACGACUCGGAGACGGCCAAUUAUAUUUCGGCUAAUACCAAAGAUUGUCCAAAGUGCCAUGUCUGUAUAGAGAAGAAUGGUGGCUGUAAUCACAUGCAAUGUUCCAAAUGUAAAUAUGACUUUUGCUGGAUGUGUUUAGGGGAUUGGAAGGCCCAUGGUAGUGAAUACUAUGAAUGCAGCAGAUAUAAGGAAAACCCCAAUAUUGCCAAUGAAUCAGUCCAUGCUCAAGCUAGAGAAGCACUGAAGAAGUACCUGUUUUAUUUUGAGAGGUGGGAGAAUCAUGCCAAAAGUUUGAAGCUGGAAGAACAGACAUUAGAGUCAAUCACAUCACGUAUACAAGAGAAAGUCAUGAACAGUAUGGGCACAUGGAUAGAUUGGCAGUACCUGUUAGAUGCUGCAUACCUUCUCAAAAAAUGCAGAUAUACACUCCAGUAUACUUACCCCUACGCAUAUUACAUGGAAAAGUGUGCAAGAAAACAGCUGUUUGAGUACCAGCAAGCCCAACUAGAAGCUGAGGUUGAGAAUCUGUCAUGGAAAGUUGAGAGAGCUGAGAUAACUGAUAGAGGGGACCUUGAAAAUCAGAUGGAUAUUGCUGAAAAAAGGAGAUUAACAUUGUUGAAGGAUUUUCUCGAUUUUUGAUCUUUUUUUUAAAUUUUUUGUUUGUUAAAACUUCAAUUUGUAAACACUUAAAAACAGACCUUCUCAGCAUUGAAAUGAACAGAAUUUGUCACCUUAGUGCAACAAUUGGUUAACUACUAUUAAAUUUAGAAGGACUUAACCUGUUAUUGCAUUAAGGUGACAAGAUGUGGACUGAUAAUGCACAAUGUGUAAUGACAGGGUUGCAUAUGUGUAAUUGUUUAAAUCUGUAUUCAUGUCAUCUUGAAUAUAUGCUGUGUUAUCUUUAAUUGUAUUGAAAUAUGGAGGGAUGAACUGUGAACAUGGAUGCAGAUCUAAAUUCUUCUGAUACAAGAACAAUACAUCACUUUUAUCACAUUUUCAUCACAGUUCUGAUCCUUUCAGUUUUAAAACAUAGAAAAAAACAUAUUUUCUUGAGUAGCGAAUGUUCUGUUUAUAUUUUACAAUAUCAGAAACAUAUUUUUCAUAAGUUAUAAAGACAUUUUUUGAAAGAGUUAGCCAUAGCACUGAUGUUACAUGUAAUUUAUAAGGCAAGCGAUAACACUGUACGUGGUGCUCUUGUUUGUUUUUUUUUGUGUUUUUUUGUUUUGUUUUAUGAGUAAGAUAAUGGAUGUUGUGAUAGUUGUUGUGCUUAAUGGACCAGUGAACUUACAUUUUCUUGGGUUUUUUUUUUUCAGAGCUGCAUGCAAAACUCUUAAUUCAUCAUGUUUAUUGAGAGAGAGCUCAAAGCUAAACUCUGUUAUAUAAUAAUUUGACAUUUUGAGGUCUCUGCUACUUUCUUUCAUGUGUGUACAGUUUGAAUUUAAGUUCUGAGUAAUCCCUCAAUUAGAUAAUGGUUUAAAGUACAACUAGUAUUUAAGUAUGAAUACCUGUUCUAAGUUUUAAGUUCCAUUUAAUAAGGAAUGACAUAAAAUGUAAAUGUAAAAAAUGUUAUUGUAUAGAAAUUAAGCUGAAUUGUAUGUAGUGUAUGUAUUGAACAAUGUGCAAUAAGUUAGUGCUUAUGAAAAAUUUAUAUUCUUUUUUUAAUGCAAUGGUUUUUCUCCUGUUGCAAAAAUAGAAUGUAAAAAUUUUAAGUCUUGGUGAAUUUUGAUAAAUUGUUAUAUUUUAUAUAAAACAAUUUUUAAAAAGUUGUUUUUGUAUUACAAGGGGUUUUGAAUGCUUUUAUAUUUUCUGUGAGUAUAGUGUAACCCCUGCACAGCAACCCCCUUUGUUAGACAAAUAUUUUGGUUGUUACAGAGAGGUGUUAGCUCUAGAGAGGUUAUAAUGUUAUCUGUAUUGUUUCUCUGUGAAGAACUGCUAUAACUGUUGUAAAGGGAGUAAACCCAUUACAAUGUUGAAGCAGUACCUCUAGAUGCUGGCAGACAUCAUGAAAUAAAAAAAGUAGAAAAAUAUUGCAUUUUUAGGUGAUUCUUACAGUUUUCAUUUAUUUUAGUACAUAAAUCAGUGUGAAAAUAUAGAAUAGACAUCUAAAUGUACAUUUUGGCAGGUGAAAAGGCGAGAUUUUAGCAUUUAAUCAUUCAAACACCUUGUUCGGUGUAUACCAGAAACGAAAUUUAAUGUAAUGAUCCGACUUUUUUUUAGUCUGGCUUGUUGUAAAGAGAGAGGGUUGUUCUGUAGAGGCUGUACUGUAAUGGUGAUGCUCAUUAUUGUAAAAACUUUUUCUCAGCAACAUGUUUCCAUGUUACCCUUAAAAAUAUUCUCAAGGGUUUUUUGUUCUGAUUCAAGAAGAGUUAAAUAAUCAUAUUCAAAAAUAUAAAUAAACUUUUGAAAUGCUCUUUUAGAAGUUAAUUAAAACAAAGAAAAAAGCUUUUGUACAUUGGUAUUUUAAGUUCAUUGCUGUCUUUUUUUUU